GUGCCCUUAUGUCAAUAUGACAGUAUAGGAAUCCUUUGAGUUACAUCACAUUUUUCAAUAUUUUUUCAUAUGAGUGAUCCUUUUUGAAGAGAAAGUUACAGUCUAUUCUCUUUUUCAGAAUAAUGGCUAAGUCAACGUACGACUUCAACGACAAACUAUCGUUCUUGGCGGAAUGGUUCGACUGCGAGACCUCAUACCACAAGAAAUUCAUCCUCAACUUCUACCCUAGCGACAAUUCCCUGGACCUUUUCGACAGGGACACUAACAAAAUGUAUUUGAAACGCACCAGAAUGGACGAUUUCGUUUUUGAUGACAUGUUUGUUGGAAACACAGUAAGAAUCUAUGGCAGACAAGUCAAAAUCACAGACUAUGCUGACUGCCGUACACAGAAAUAUAUCGGUAAAGCCAAAGAACGCACCUUGGUCAUCUUGAAGCCUGACGUCGUCGAUAAACUCGGAGAAAUAAUCUGUCGUAUUCAAAACAACAACUUCCAAAUAUCUAGAAUGCGCAUGUGUCUCCUCAACAGGAAGGAAGCUUUGGAGUUCUAUCAGGAUCGCAAGGGAGAAACAUCGCUACCAUUCCUACUGGAAAAUGUCGUGUCUGGUCCCAUUGUCGCUAUGGAGUUGGUCGGAGAAAACGCCAUACAACGAUGGCAUGACCUUGUCAAUCCUCGUGAUCCUAAUGAAGCAGAAGACACGUCAUCACCUAAUAGUCUCAGGGUUUUCCGCACCAAAAACAGCCACAUAACAAGUGAUUUUCAUGGAUCCAAGGACACCGCACGUGCCAUCUCGGAGGCUUACUUCUUCUUUCCUGAGGGCAACAACAGAAUCCCCGAAUCAACUGUCCAACUGGAAAAUACCACUUGUUGCGUUAUAAAACCCCACGCAAUCCACGAAGGAAAACUGGGUCAUAUAAUUUCUGCUAUUACCGAUUGUCACUUCAAAAUCACUGCUGCACAGAUGUUUUAUCUGAGUAACACUAAUGCUGAUGAGUUCCUAGAAGUUUACAAAGGAGUUGUGAGCGAUUAUAAUGCUCUUUUGCUCAGUUUUCUGGACGGACCUUGCGUUGCCCUGGAAAUUGGCGGGAAAAAUACCGACAUGAACGUCCAUGAAGAGUUCCGGAAGUUUACUGGGCCUUCUGAUUCCGAAAUUGCCAGGCAGAUACGACCGAAUAGUUUGAGGGCAAAGUUUGGGUGUAAUAAGUAUAGGAACGCUGUACACUGCACCGAUUUACCGGAAGACACGAAUCUUGAAUUAGAAUAUUUCUUCAAAGUACUCAAAGAGUGAAGGCACCGAUGUUUAUUUAUAUGUAUGUAUUUGAAUUUGGAUUUAGCACAAAAUAAUUUUCGUAUAAAAUACAGUCGAUUCAACUACUCG